AUGCCUACUUCACUGACGCCGCAGCAAGCAGGAGAGCUAAAUAAAUCCAUCAUAGCCUAUCUGUCAGCGAAUGGCCUUCCGGAAACCCUCGCGGCCUUUCAGAAAGAAUCGGAUCUUCCAGAUGACAGGUUUGACGCGACCGCAGCGAAACAGUAUGAAAAUCUACUAGAAAAAAAAUGGACUAGCAACUCUACCUUAAUGAAAAAGGUAGCAACCCCCUGUUCUAUUUGGGCAGAUUUGUUACUGGCCCUCGAAUCCCGCAAUGAAGCCCUCCAAAACGAGCUCAACUCGACCCGCGCUUCUUUCCUCAACCGUAACGCGGACGUCAACAAUUGGCUUCCUCAACAUCCGAUACGCUCGUUGGAGUCGCAUCGUGAUUCCAUAAAUUGCAUAGCUUUCCACCCUAAAUAUUCUUUAAUCGCGUCCGGCUCCAGUGAUUUGACAAUACGGAUCUGGGACUGGGAGGAUGGUACACUGGAAAGGACACUCAAAGGACAUACGAUGGCGGUAUGUGACGUCGACUAUGGCGACACAUCCAGCGGGGUUCUCCUGGCUUCCUGCAGCUCUGAUUUUACGAUCAAGCUGUGGGACACGACGGACGAUUACAAGAAUGUCAAGACCUUGCGAGGUCACGACCACAUCGUCAGUGCUGUUCGUUUCAUACCAUCGGGGAACCUUCUUGCCAGUGCAAGCAGGGAUAUGAAAGUAAUAUUGUGGAAUGUCGUUAAUGGCUACCGCGUGAAAACUAUAGAGGGGCACACUGGAUGGGUACGUGAUAUUUCGCCGUCUUUUGACGGGCAGUUCCUUCUGUCUACCGGGGAUGAUAUGACUGUUCGCCUCUGGGACAUUUCUGCCAGCCAACCGAUAUGCAAGUUCACAGCGACUGGUCACGAAAAUCGUAUUCUUUGCUGUGCAGUUGCCCCAGCGGCAUCCUUUCGAUAUCUUGCGUCGUUCUUUGAGUCAAAGAGGUCGACGAGGGCUGCUGGAAUCACGGCUGAAAUCAUGGCGACUGGCUCACGUGAUAAAACCAUCAAACUAUGGGACUCUCGUGGACGCUGCAUCAUGAAUCUCACCGGUCAUGCCAGUUGGGUGCGUGCGAUUGCUUUCCACCCGGGGGGAAGUAUCUUCUUCGGUAUCAGAUGA